GAUGAAUUAAGCAAAACGGAUAAGUUGUAAUCGACACAAGUAUCCCUGUAUUAUACUUCAUAUAUACAACUGCUUUGGCUGUUAGAUAUAGUUUCCGAUAGUUGCAAAAACAUGAGUUCAGAGGAUAAAACACCAGAGGUUGAACAACAAAAGAAGCAAGAGCCAGAAGGAGAAGUUAGUGGGUUAGUAUUGGAAAACUAUUCCUUCACCACUGCUGCUGCUAUUGUCGGUUAUGUCGACCGUAAAGUGUGUGUAAUGAUGACCGAUGGACGUCAACUGUUUGGGGUCCUGAGAGUAUUUGACCAAUACGGAAGUAUUGUCAUCCAAGAUACCUUUGAGAGAAUAUACCUCCCUGAUAACCGUUAUGGUGAGGAGUACAUUGGUGACUUACUAAUCCGUGGUGAGAAUUUGUUGAUGAUCGGGGAUUUGGACAUUGACAAAGAGGAUGAACCAAUUGAUAAACUUGAGAGAAUACCAUUUGAUGAUGCCAAAAGAGAGCAGAAACAGAUAAGUGUAAACGCUGUUAAGAUUC